AUGGGUAAACCAAAAGCCAAUAAUGGAAGUGAUGAAGAAAGCUCUAAUCAGUCUGUAAUAGAAGUUGAAGUUGAUGGAAAUAUACAAGAUUCAGAUACUGAUAAUGAUGAUUUUUCAACAAAAAAUGAAAUUUCAUUUAAACGAGAUAUUGAAAGGCACAAUAAGAGAAUUCAUUUAUCUCAUAAUGGUAAAAAAAGAAAGACAGUUGGAAUGAACGAUUCUAUACAAUCAUCUUCUCAGGCUUCUACUUAUUCAACAUCAAAUGAAACUCUUGAAGAAUCCACUAUCGAUCAAGAUCAAUUCUCAGCUAUUGAAACCUCAAGCUCACUAAGUAAUACAAAUCAUUUUCACUUGACAUCUUCAUCCCGUACUCCGUUAAAUACUCUUCAGCAUCAAAACAUCAAUCACAGAAUUCAAAACAUAAGUCAAAAUAAUACUAUUGAACCGUUAAGAUCUGAUAGAAGGUCCCAAAAUUCAGACCGCAAGCUACGUAACCAUACUACCAAAUCAUCCACACAAACUGAAGAAAGUAAUAUAUUAACUAAAAGACGAUCUUUAAAAAUGCCCAAUAAAGUGAAACUUAAUG